AUGUUCAAGUUCUUCUGCGUCGGCAUUGGUCAACUCCUCACGUUCGCCGCCUUGGUGCUGGUGAUUCUGGCCAACGUCGGCCAGCUGACCAACAACAUCGUCGCGCGCAACAUCCGCUUCGUCUCGCUCGACACCACCGGACUCCAGGACGCCAUCUCGCGCUCUGGCGGCGCCGCACCCAACAACCUGUACGCCUCGGACCAGCGCUCGACCAUCGCUGCCGGCAACGGCAUCAAGCGCGACUACCAGUGGGGCCUCUACAACUACUGCGGCGGUGAGCCCAGCGGCAGCAACCGUGACUGCGUCGACAGCACGUUCAACUUCAAGUGGGACCCUGUCAACGCGCUCCUGGCCGACACUCCUCAGGGCGCGCGGAACGAGGUGCAGAGCUUCCUGCCCCAGAACACGUUCACGGACUCGGACUACCUCCGCAAGUACUCGCAGGCCGCCUUCUGGCUCAUUUUCAUCGGCACCAUCCUCACCGGCCUCGCCUGGCUGACGGGAUUCACCGCCAACCGGUUCGGCUUCUUCGGUGCCGCCAUCUUCGCCUUCCUGGCCGCCCUGGCCCUUGGCGUCGGCGCGGCCAUCGAGACGGCAAUCUACACAAAGGCCCGCGACGCCAUCGGCAACCAGUACGGCCUCAACCUCGACUACGGAAACGCCCUCUGGUUCAUCUGGGCCGCCUUUGUUGGCUGCGUCCUCUCGAUCGUGCCCUAUCUCAUCUCAUGCUGCACCGGUCGAGACUAA